AUGGACUCCGUUCCCUUUCGCGAUGGCAACAUACACGCGAUUCUCGACUCUCGAUAUCUCCAUUCUCCACUGGACGUUAAUCACACUUUGCAGACUCAUUCCUCUCUGAUUCGGAGGCUUUCUCAAGAAAGAGAGUUUGAGGGCCACCUUGGGUGUGUCAAUGCGGUGGCUUGGAAUUCCAAAGGUUCGAUGUUGAUAUCUGGAUCAGAUGAUACUCGGAUCAAUAUUUGGAGCUAUUCUGGCCGAAAACUUCUACAUUCAAUUGACACAGGACAUACUGCAAAUAUAUUCUGUACUAAGUUUAUACCAGAAACUUCUGAUGAGCUUGUAGCCUCUGGAGCUGGAGAUGCUGAAGUCCGGUUAUUUAAUUUGUCUCGCUUAAGUGGGAGUGGAUCUAGUGACAAUUCCAUCAUUGUUCCAUCUGCGCUUUACCAAUGCCACGCUCGAAGAGUCAAGAAAUUGGCUGUUGAAAAUGGAAACCCCAAUGUAGUAUGGAGUGCUAGUGAAGAUGGGACCCUAAGACAACAUGAUUUUCGGGAAGGUACUUCCUGUCCUCCAGCUGGGUCUUCACACCAAGAGUGUCGAAAUAUUCUUCUUGACUUACGAAGUGGAUCUAAAAGAUCACUUGCUGAUCCUCCUAAACAAGUCCUUUCUUUAAAAUCUUGUGAUAUUAGUUCAACUAGACCACAUUUGCUCCUUGUUGGUGGGAGUGAUGCCUUUGCACGCUUAUAUGAUAGAAGGAUGUUGCCACCUCUUAGCUCAUGUCGGAAAAGAAUGUCUCCUCCUCCUUGUGUUAAUUAUUUUUGUCCAAUGCAUCUUUCUGAUCGUGUGAGUCCUUUGCUUUACUGA